ACACUGCCCGUUUACAUGACCGUUCACACUUUGAUGAUAAAGACGAUGAAGCCUCAAGGCUGUGUAGGGAUUAUUGCGGGGAUUCUCUCCAGUGUUCAAAACCAAAUCAACGUUGACACUGCCCGACAUAGCAUUGACAGCUAAGAUGAUUCAAGCAAACGAGGAAAUACCCUUUGACGAUAUUCUCAUCGAGUACGGUGAAUUUGGGCGUUACCAAAAAUGGAUCUACAGUCUUUUGUGUCUUAUCAUAUUAGUAACACCGGCGCAGUCUCUCAUUAUGGGAUUCCUGUCCGAGGAUGUAGACCACUGGUGCAAGAUUUCAGAAUGGGACUCUGUAGACUGUGGACAUUUCGGGUUCAAUACUUCACGGCAAUGUGAUCUUGGGAAAAGAGCUGUCGGCAUUCCUUGGAACUAUUCAGACAACGAUCAAACGGAGAAGGUUUACUCAUCUUGCACCCGUUACAACACCCAUGGCGUCGAGUUCAGUCCAGAUCUUGAUCUUGGUGGAUAUCCCGUGAUGCCUUGCGAUGCAGGCUGGGAGUACGGUGAAGUAGAAUCAGGAGGAACAACUCUGAUUAAAGAUUACGACGCAGUGUGUGGGCAGUACUACUUCGUGGCACUGACACAGACUCUGUACUUCGUCGGCACCGGUUUCGGGUCGAUUUUCACUGGAGUUCUCUCUGACCGGUUUGGCCGGCGCACAGUUGGUUUCCUCUGCCUCGCUUCAACAAUCGUGUCCGGGGUGGGGCUGGCAUUCUCUCCAAACAUAAUCAUGUUCCUAGUCUUACGAUGUAUUGUUGGAUUGGCAAAUUCUGGUAUAUUGUAUUCAACGUUUGUACUUGCCAAUGAAAUAGUUGGACCAUCUAAACGCAACUGGGCGGGAAACGUCAUAUGGCUUUUCUAUUCGUUAGGAUACAUGGGUUUGGCAUUGCUAGCAUACCUGAUCAGAAAUUGGCGCUAUCUUCAACUGACCGUGUCUGUUAUUCCAGUCCUACUUCUGAUCACGGGGUUAACGAUUCCAGAAUCUCCAAGAUGGUUGCUCAUGAGAGGACGCAAAAAAGAGGCGGAAGAUAUCAUAAAACGACUGGCAAGAUGGAACAAAGUGGAAAUUAAAGAGGCGUUCAAUAUGGACAAAGUGGCUGCAAAAUCGGACGAAGGAGGUGGUCUGAAGCGAGAUCUCAUUGAGCUUUUCCGUCAUCCCAAAUUACGAUGCUAUACGAUCAAUCUGGUGUGGCAAUUGAUUGCAGUCUCUAUCGUAUACUACGGAAUCUCUCUUGGGACGGACUCCUUAGGGGUGAAUAUCUACGUGGCGUUUGCCGUCUCCGGUGCGGUCGAGAUCCCCGCCUCAUUCUUCGCGGUUUUCGCCAUAGAAUACUGGUCAAGGAGGCCGACGUACAUGGCGAUGCAGCUCCUGUGUGGCGCCGUGCUCCUCGCUUCGGGAUUCCUACCCCAGGGCAUUGGGAAAACUGUGCUUGCUAUGGUGGGGAAGUUUGCCGUCUCAGCCGCAUUCAACAUCAUCGAUCUACGUGGCUGUGAAAUAUUCCCAACUGUUGUCAGGAAUACUGGUCUGGGGUUGAUCUGGUCCUGUUCUAGCUUUGCCAACAUCCUGGUCCCGCAGUUCCUGGUCUUUCGCAGAUGGUGGACCCCUUUACCGGAAGUGAUCUUUGGUUCCGUCGCGCUGUCAGCCGGAGCCCUCUCUUAUCUUCUCCCCGAGACUAAGGGCAAGAAGAUCCCAGAGACACUGGACGACGGGGAGAACAUCGGGUGGUGAUCGCAAUCCAUACCGUCCCACAAAUAAGGAACCCGGGAUUCUCAAUUAUUUUUUUUCUAAAUAAGCAAUCAACUGACGGUCUUUCACUUACAUGAACACGAAAUAGAUUUUGUUUUAAACCUUGAUAUCAAAUUACGCAUAGAUGAUAAAGACAAGUUUGAAAACUCAAUGUCAAAACCAAGAUGUGCAGAAAAAUGGAUCGAGAUUUGUCAAGGGUGCACUGGCAGUGCGUAAGAAAAGCUUAUGCCACAAAGGUACGAACGAUGGCUUUGUACGAAUCUUACUGUUCAUACGAAAUUUGGGAUUCAUGGAUGGGACAUGAAUUUUUACGGCGUUCUUACGAAUUUCGUACGAACGCCGAUCAUUUCGCAAAAGUGACGUAAGGUCUCAAAAGAUGACAUGAUUUUCGGAUUUGCUUUACAAUUCGUACGUUUUUAGAGUUGAUUCGUCGGCUUCCCGCAAGAAGGGACUUAAUGUAAUUUUUACAAUUAUUUUUUCUUAUCAAAUAUUAAAAGAGUAUAAUCGUAGGCUAUUCAAUAAGGCAAAAAUUAUUUUAAAAUUUCAAGAAAAACUCAGAAUAUUAAAAAAUUAAAGAGGGCAUAACAAAAGAAAAUAAUCAUAGAAAUUACACUAAAUUCCUUCUCGCUGGAAGCCGACGAAUUGAUAAGUCAGGCAAGCUUAUAUAACACACUUUCAAACAAAAAUAUUUGAGUACCAAUAUAUUCUUGAUAAGAAAGGAAAUUUCUUGUGGAAAGUUGCUAUGUAGCAUAUUCAGAAAUGGCUUAUUAAUUAAAUUAAAACUUUUUUUAUUCAAUAAAAAGAAUGAAGGCUUUUACCAAGUCUAUAUUUCUCUAUUAAAUGUAUGCAAUAUGUGUCACAGUUCGUCCAUGAGUUUCAGUCCAAAAUAUUUUUCUAGCUGUUUCUUCCGGAGGUAAUUAGUGAACGCAAGUUCUCCUUUUGUUAUCAACUGACAAUCCCGGUCGUUUCUUGCCGAGUCUUUCACUUGAUAACUCUUGAUAUCUACACCAUCCGGGUGCCAAACAGCAUUGAGAAUUUCUUUCUGGACGCAUCGGUCGGCCAUUCUCCUAUUCACCUCCUCAAGUUUGGCUACUUCUUCCCGCAUGCGGUCUUCUCAAAAUUAUUUCACUUUCCUCCAGAACGUCUCGUUGAAGAAACGAUAUAACUCGGUGUUCCCAUUAUUCCACUUUCGUAUUCUCUCCGCCGUUACGUCAGAUAGUUUAUUGAUGAAAGAGGUGGCACGGCCGUUCACCACGAAGUAGGAGACGUCUUCAAGAUCCCAGCACAUGAGUUCUUUAAGCAGGAUCAGUGACUCGGAGAAGUAUUCCAUGAUCAUGACGAGCUCGAAUUCGGAGGCAGUCCUGUGGAUCAUUUCCUCGAUGACCUUGGGGUCGGCCUUUUCGGUAUCAUCAAGACCAAGCUCAAAGAGCAUACUGUCUUUGGCGUAGCAUCCAGUGUCCGUGUCUCCAAAACUGUGGGAUCGGUCAUACUGUUGCGGGUUCUCCAGGAAGGUUUCUAAGGGAACGCCGAAACACUCGUCGUAACGGAAGUAGGUGUACAAGGAUUCGAAGAGGGUGGUCGGGUCCCGGAUAAUAGUCACGUAUGUAGAGUCAGCCGGCAACAAAGAAUCAAAGCCUGCAGGAAAACAAAAUGGCAAGUAAAAUGAUGCAGAAGAGUGAUCUUUAAUUAGGAGAGCGCUUCUAUAUGGUGGCCCUGAAGGGACAUCGCAAAUAGACUAAAUUGCGAAUAUUCACGACGAAAUUGGCGAUGUCGUGAAUUUCGUCGUGAAUAUUCGCGAUUUGGUCUAUUUGCGAUGUACCUUUAGGGCCACCAUUCGCUUCAUCGACAGAUUUCGUCACAUAAGUUGUCCGAUCGGACAGCUUUCCUUGAUGGUGAUAGGCUAAGAAAAAUGAUUCCUAUGGCCAAUAGCGUACCUAGGAUUUUCCACAGGGGGGGGGGGGCAAAACCGUCCGCCAAAAAAUUUGACAAGCAAAAAAAAAAAGUUAUUCAGCCACAAAUAUAGGAUUUCGAACCAGAAAAACAAUUGACAAGCAAAAAAAAAAGAAAAAGGUCCUCAACCACAAGCAUAGGAUUUCGAACCAG